AUGGCCCAGGAACGCUCCGGAAUUGUGGUCGGUCUGAACAAGGGCCAUAAAACCACCCCCCUCAACACCCCCAAGACCCGUGUCAGCCGCACCAAGGGCCAGUCCUCCCGCCGUACUGCCUUUGUUCGUGACAUCGCUCGUGAGGUUGUCGGUCUUGCCCCCUAUGAGCGCCGUAUCAUCGAACUCCUGAGAAACACUCAGGACAAGCGUGCUCGUAAGCUCGCCAAGAAGAGGCUCGGUACCUUCGGCCGUGGAAAGAGAAAGGUUGAGGACAUGCAGCGCGUCAUCGCUGAGUCCCGUCGUGUCACUGGUCACUAA